CAAUAGCUCCCACUUCUGAGGCUCCUUCAACUGGAACAACCACAACUCGUCCUGGUUCCUCCAUACCUGCAGCUACUACAACAGCUGGUCGCACCUCAACUACCACACCCUUCACUCCCAUUGAAACAAGCAGUGGUAGUAACCCUGCUGUGACAAGCACCACUCAAGCUAUAAUAUCUCCAACUUCUGGAGCUCCUUCAGCUACAACAACCACAACUCGUCCUGUUUCCUCCUUACCUGCAGCUACCACAAUAGCUGGUCGCACCUCAACUACCACACCAAUCACUCCCAUUGAAACAAGCAGUGCUAGUAACCCUGCUGUGACAAGCACCACUCAAGCUACAAACCCUCCACCUCCCAGUUUUGUAUUUAUUAUUAUAGUGACCCUGAGAACUCCAUUCAGCCCUGAGCUGGAAAACAACCAGUCACCUGAAUUUAAAGCCUUAGCAGCAGACUUUGUUGCACUGACUGAUGCAAUUUACAGAGCACGUUAUGGACGUAUUUACAUUCGAACUAUUGUCAGAGGAUUCAGGGGUAUUACUCUCAGAACAAUUGGAACAGAUGUGGAUGCAGAGCUGAUUUUCAACAACACCAUGAGUAACAACAGUGUAGUCAGCACUGGGGAUUUGAUGAACACUUUGGAAAGUGCUGCGGAAGACCCAAAUUCAACUCCAAUAAUGAACUUCAAUCAUACUAUAUCAGUCAUAAGGGUGAUAAGUGCGGCCAGUGCUUCUACAACACCCACAACAAAUCUGACAACAGCAAGUGCGGCCAAUGCUUCUACAACACCCACAACAGAUCUGACAACAGCAAGUGUGGCCAGUGCUUCUACAACACCUACAACAACAGCAACAGCCACCACCAUGGCCACAACCUCCAGCCCACUUUCCAACUUAACUGCCCGGAUAGAGUUUACUUCAAGAGAAACAUUUGUGGCCGAUCUGUUAAAUCAAAAUUCAGAAGCUUUUCAAGCCAGAUCAAAACUCACCAAGGAACAGAUUGAACCGGUUUUUAGACGUGCAUUCCGUUCCUUCAACGUUUUGAUUAUACAACGUUUCAGGGAAGGAUCUAUUGUCACAACGGGAGAUCUGUUCUUCAACGAAUCAUUACCCAGCAAUGCCCAAAUUGUCAGCACCCUCACCAAUGCCAUCAUGAAUUCAGAAAUCUCUUUUGACAUUGACCCUAACUCCAUUACUGUGACAUCUGCAAUGAGCAAUGGAGUCUCCCAUGUGACCAGUAUGCUCACAGCUUCCUGUCUGGCCAUGGUGUCAGUGCUGCUCUCCUACUGCUGGUAGACUCAACUACAGCUUAUUCAUUGAACAUCAUCCCUGGACAUCACCAUGCAUAACUGAAGGAGUGACAGAAGUCUAAUUUAAUGUUACCUACAAUAGAGCACUGUGGCUUAGGACAUUUGUAUACAUUGUUAAAUGCAUAGUCAUACUAUAGUGCAAUGCUUUGCAAAUAAUUUAUUAUAAAAAUGGUGUCAUGAUGUAUACACACAAUUUGGAUUUGGAAAACAUAUUUAACUCUAUACAUUGUGGGUUUGUAAAAUAAUGUAUUAAUAAUGUUAUAUUGUUGACUUUACAACUGGUAGUUCUACUGUGAUAAUGAUCACAGUAGAAUGUGUUAUGUAUUCCGUGCAGGCACUCUUGCAAAAAAUGUAUGCUUACACACACACACACUCACAGUCACUCACACACACACACAGACAGUUAAUGCGGCUCUGUUUUUUUUUUGUUUUUUUUAUGUGAAUCAAAGUAAUUAUAGCUGAAUCAAAUGCUUCUACAGAUGCUAUGCAAAUAGAGGGAAAUUAAUGCUUACUGACAUUACCGACAAUUCAAUAUUUUGUCGAAAAUGGAAAAUAGUUGUUCCUGACUAUACUACAUGUGCUACUUGUUAGAAAGUAAUAGUUAUCCCUGGUGCUUAAAUUAACAUGCCUUAGCAGCACGUGAAAUUCUAAAAUGCACAAAAUAUAAAAAGAGGAUGCAUCCCAA